CCUGCAUUCAACCACUCUACAAAUUACAAAAUCAAAGGAUUAUAAAAUCCUCUCUAUAGGUGCCCCGUAACAAAGUGGUUCUGUCGUAGUUUCGUGGAAACCCAGGGGGCACCUCUCCUUAUACCUUUUAUCAUGCCACUCCCAUCGCUGCCCCCCACCGCCACUCCUCUCACUCUAAAAAAGUACCCCCGUCAUUCUCUCUCCGCCUGAUUUUGUUUCGGUAUUAAAGAGGCGGAGAAGAAGAAGAAAAAAAAAUAUAUAAAGAAAAACAAAAAAGAGAAGAAAAUUAAAUAUCAUGUGCCCGACUAAGCAAAAACGCAGAGGCUACGCCGCGGAUUCCGCCUGCAAAUACUCCAGAUCCGGUUUGACAGAUGCUACUAAAUCAAUUCCCGAUUGGAUCGCUGAGUCAAUCAACGGUGGAUCCCUGCGAUACGUCGACCUUGAUAAUGGAACCAAUGGUUGGGCCUCACCACCCGGUGAUCUCUUCUCUCUCCGUUCUAAAAACUAUCUGACUAAACGACAAAAAUCACCCGCCGGCGACUACCUACUAGCUCCCCUCGGUAUGGACUGGCUAAAAUCCACUUCCAAGCUCGACAACGUACUUGGCCGUCCCGACAACCGUGUCUCUCACGCGCUCAGAAAAGCUCAAUCUCAAGGCCAAUCCUUGAAAAGCUUCGUUUUCGCUGUCAAUAUUCAGGUCCCAGGUAAAGAUCAUUACAGCGCUGUUUUUUAUUUCGCCACCGAGGAUCCUCUUCCUCCCGGUUCGUUACUUUACCGGUUCAUCAACUGUGACGAUGCCUUCAGGAAUCAACGGUUCAAGAUUGUCAACCGGAUCGUCAAAGGACCAUGGAUCGUAAAAAAAACGGUGGGCAAUUACGCUGCGUGCUUGUUAGGUAAAUCUUUGACGUGCAAUUAUCAUAGAGGAGCUAAUUACUUGGAAAUUGACGUGGAUAUCUCGAGUUCUGCAAUUGCUAACGCGAUUUUGCACCUCGCAUUGGGACACGUGACGAGCGUAACAAUCGAUAUGGGAUUUGUGGUGGAGGCGCAGACCGAGAAUGAGUUACCGGAAAGGUUGAUCGGUGCUAUUAGGGUUUGCCAGAUGGAGAUGUCGUCGGCCACUGUGAUUGACACGCUUACGCCACCGAUUCUGACAGCGGCGUCGCGUGGAAUGGGUUGUUCUAAGGUUAAUCACCAUAAGUCCAGUGAUGAUGAUGAUGAUGACAAAUGACCAACGGAGGUUAAUCUUGAAAACUUUUUUUUUCUCUCAAAUUUUAAAUUUAAUCUUUUCCUUUUUGAUUAUGUGAAUUGGAGUCCCUUUUUGGAGGGAUUGAUGGGUGUAGAUGAUAAAAUGGAUAACAAAUAACAAAUGUGCUACGGUUUCCCAUUUCUUUA